AUGGAUAUCCAAAGCCAGUUUCCUAAUGUCCACUGGAUCUGGGGAGGAGGCAUCUCUUUUGUUUACGAGGUCCACCCUCGCAUCGUGGUCAAAGUCCCGAAAUCUGGGGAAUUCGAGAGGGAACAAUUUCAAAAAGAGCUCGAGAUUUAUCAAAUAUUCUCGCAAAAUCCGCCUUAUCCCUCUAUUGUGCAGUGUUUUCUCUUUUGCAGCAGUGGCAUCUUCCUGGAGUAUAUGGGAGAACAGUUUGCGCUCGGUUCCUUGUACUAUUUGAUAAACUACGGCUUUGAGGUUUAUGGAGAUCGCUGUCUUACCGAGGAUCCUUAUGACCAUGGUCCUAAGGUCGUGGACCUACUACAGAACAUGGAAUUUCCGAAAUUGGAUGGCAAUCCCUUGAUUGAUAACAUCAUCGACAAAUGCUGGCAUAACAAAUAUGUCACAGUCUCAGAAUUAGCCGCGCACACGAAAAAGCUUUUGAACGAAGAAACCGAUGCGAUGGAAAGUAACGAAAACGGAAAGAAGGAAAGUAGCGAAGUGGUCACACUCAAAACUCCUUCUAACGAACGAUGGCGUAUGGGCAUGGGUAGCAUAAUUCAUGGGAUAUGCUAUGGCCUUGGAGUAUGGUGGAGGUCAUUCUUACAGAGUGUCCACGACGAAGCAACAAUCGCCGGGCGAGCCAGUGGCGACAAUCAUGAUGUGGAUCAAAAUUGCAUGGAAGAGGAAUUUCUUUCGAAGAAGUAA